UUAGAUAUAACAUUAUUAAUCCUCUCCUUAAUUUUUAUUGUGUGCAAAAAAAAAUAGAAGAAAUGUUUGUGUUUUUGAUGUUAUCAGUGAUGAUCGCUAUUGCGGCAGGAUCGCAUAGCAACUAUAAUCAGUUCAACAAGCAACAAUACCAAAAUGUGCAACAAUCUCAAUCUGGUCAUUAUCAGAAUUACCAAAACCAAGCUCAUCAUUCACAAUUUAAUAAGCCACAACAGCAUCAACAACCACCUCAUCAUUUCCAGCAACAACAAUCCUUCCAGUCUAAUAGAAAUGUCAUUCCAAUCACAUCCUAUAAGAAUGAAAUGUCACCAGAUGGAAGCUAUCAAUACAGCUACUCUACUGGAAAUGGAAUUAAGGCUGACGAAAGUGGAUACUUGAAGAAUCUCGGACAACAAAAGACACAAGUUGUUCAAGGAUCAUAUUCAUAUACAUCACCCGAAGGUCAACCAAUCCAAGUCAGAUAUCAAGCUGAUGAAUAUGGAUUCAGAGCUGAAGGUGCACAUUUGCCAACUAGCCCACCAAUCCCAGAAGCAAUUCAAAAGUCAUUACAAUUGAUUGCCAGAACUCAACCAGCUCCAGCAACUCAUAAUUUUGGAGGAUGGACACCUCAACCACAAAAGCAGCAACAUCAGCAAUCUCAAUCUCAUCAAAAUCAGCAAAAGCAAUCGCAUCAGCAAUGGCAACAACCAAAAAGAUGGAACUGAAUUGAACUUAAGAUGACAGUAAUUAAAUAAAUAAUGACAAUGGCCUCAAAAGAUGAUUAAUUAGGGACAAUGAAUUUGAUUCAAAAGAGUUCUAUUCGAUGUCUGCUUUUAAAUCUAUAAGAAAUUGUAAAUAUGAAAAUUAAUAAUUAAUAAAAAUGCUGC